AGGUCUCGCCCUCGGACGGCCUGGUGUAACGGACAGGACCUGCCUCUGAUGACAUCACAUCUCCACCCGCUCGGCGACGCGGGGUUUCGGCAGGACUCUCCCAGACACCCGCUGCGGGCAACGGCGAUGUGGAGCACCUUCACAGUAUCUCCUCUUACCCAAGCAGCCGAGACGAGCACCUUUAUUCACGGACAAAUACCACCGUCGGCGGGAUGGCCGAGGAGAGCCGCGGAAAGAGACGGAAACAGGCGAACCCGAGGAGGAACCAAGUGGAUGUGGAGAAGCUGACUGGCCUGGGCUCGGAGGGGGAAGAUGAGGGCGUGGGGUGGGGCAUGGAGACCCAUGACAUCUAUGACAAAAGCAGCCUAACACCCAGCGAGGGCACCGAGACAGCCAGCCCCGCCCACUACGCCAACUCCCAUUCCCCAAGCCCCGCCCACUAUGCCAACUCCCAGCCCCUGAGCCCCACCCACUAUGCCAACUCCCAGCCCCCAAGCCCUGCCCACUAUGCCAACUCCCAGCCCCUGAGCCCCACCCACUAUGCCAACUCCCAGCCCCCAAGCCCUGCCCACUAUGCCAACUCCCAGCCCCCAAGCCCGCCCCUAUGCCAACUCCCAGCCCCCAAGCCCCGCCCAUUAUGCAACUCCCAGCCCCCAAGCCCCACCCACUAUGACAACUCCCAGCCCCCAAGCCCCGUCCACUAUGUCAACUCCCAGCCCCUGAGCCCCACCCACUAUGCCAACUCCCAGCCCCUGAGCCCCGCCCACAGCACCAACUCCCAGCCUCUGAACCCCACCCACAGCUGGACGGGGGGUCCUCCCAACACCAGCACCCCAGGGAAGAGAGAGGGGCACAGGGACAAGCUAAUGAUUUACAGUCACAGCGACCCCAGAGCGGCGGAGGACUCGGCCCAUUACGACUUCCUGAUGCAGCUCCGGCAGGCCUCGAACCCGGGACCCUGGCCUGAAGGACACGCCCACAACGGAGCCGCGGGCGUCUACCGCCCGGCCCGGCCCCCCCGCGAGGGCACGCGCCCGCCCUGCUGGUCGCCAGGGAAACAGGACUCACCCGAGGGACACGAGCCGCCCCCUGCCAGCGCGGAAGGCCUGAGGUCUGUUCUGGCGUGCCCGUUCUGCCAGCGCACCUACCGGAGGGACGCGGCCCUGCGCGAACACGUGCGCUUCUGCCAGGAGCGGGACGGCAGCGGCCGUCUGGACUGCCCGCUGUGUGGCUACAGCUCCCCCUACAGGGCUCAGAUGGAGCGGCACAUGGCCAUGCACAGUCUGGCGCACAGCAAGCAUGCGACCAUGUACGACCCCGCGGUGGAGAACAGGAAGUUUAAAUGCCUGCAGUGUGGAAAAGCCUUCAAAUAUAAGCACCAUCUGAAAGAGCAUCUCCGUAUCCACAGCGGGGAGAAGCCGUACGAAUGCGCCAACUGCAAGAAGCGCUUCUCGCAUUCGGGCUCGUACAGCUCACACCUGAGCAGCAAGAAGUGCCUGAGCGGGGGCGGAGCGGGAGGGGCGCUCAACGGACAGGUGUACGCCACGUACCUGCGCAGCUCCUCCCCGGGCUCACCCCCUGCUGGCCACGAGCGGAACAGCGGCAAGGGCUCGCCGUACGCCUUCCCGAGCCCCAGGGCGCUGCUGGACCGGCCCGGGGCGGGGCAGCCGGAGCAGGCGCUGCUGGAGGGGUCCCGCCUCGCCCACGGCCAGGAGCCCCCGGGGCUCUGGGACCCCGCUUCUGAAUUCUACCGGGCAGACCUGUACAGGUGCACUAGCCUGUUGCCGUACCUACACGGCGGGGACAAGUUCGGGCGCGUCCUGCAGGAGAUGCUGAGGAGGGGCGGGGCGCACGGGGAGGAGGGCGUCGCCGGGGUGGGGGAGGGCGGAGCCCAGGGGGAGGGGCCUGGGGUGAGGGGGGCGGAGCUGGAGGAGGGCGGGGUCACGUGCCGCUGGUGCUCUCAGCUCUUCCCAAACCACGCGGUGCUGGUGCAGCACGAGCGCUACCUGUGCAGGAUGAACCGGGACGGCCUGGAGGCGCUGGAGUGCCCCCCGCAGGGCAGGGGCAAAGCGGCGUCCCAGGCCGCCACCGCCGCCCUGCCGCACCACGCCCACAAGGCCAACGGCUUCGGUGGGGAGAGGUCCCCAAUCCGCCGGUCCUCCUGGCCCCCCCUGCCCCAGCGCUCCCCCCUCCUCCGCCACCCCGACCCCCCGGGGUCCCGCCCCCUCUGGCCCACGCAGGAGGCUGGCAGCCCCAGCCCCGCCCACCACCCCGCCAGCCCCGCCCACCACACCGCCAGCCCCGCCUCCCCGUCAUUCCUGGAGAGGCGGCGCGGGGCGCCCAGAGGGUUCGACUCGCCCCUCUGCCUGGACCUGUCGGCCCACGCCCCCGCCUGCUCCCCCCCGAGCAGGCCCACGCCCCCCUGCGGGACCCCCAGCUCGGCCGGCUCCCAAAGCGAGCCCCUGGACCUCUCCCUGCCCAAGCCUCGCUGGGCCUCAGGGGGAGAGCGACGCUGCAGCAGUGCGACUCUGCCCGGCGACAGGAGGCCCGCCCCGCCCCCGCCCCCACCCCCACCCCAGACCCCCGGGGCCUACGGCGGGACGCCCGCGUUUGGGGGCCCCAUGUACAGUGCCUUUCCCCUCUUCAACCCCGUCAUGCCUGUGGGACACCACGACAGCCUCUCCCCCCUGUCCUUCAACCCCCCCGCCCAGAACAGCCUGCCCCCCCUGCCCUACAUGCUGGAGUCCGACACCGAGUCCUUUCUCAAGAGGGUCCAUCAGGAUCGCCAGACGUUACUGAGCGAGGCGCUGAGCCGGGGGUGUCUGGACUACCUGCCUCUGAUGGAGGAUGGAGCUGAAGGGGAGGGCGGGCCCGGGAGGAAGAGGCUGAAGAAGACGGACGAGGGUCUGUACGCCUGCGACAUCUGCGACAAGACCUUCCAGAAAAGCAGCUCCCUCCUGAGGCACAAGUAUGAGCACACAGGCAAGCGUCCUCACGAGUGUGGGAUCUGCAAAAAGGCCUUCAAGCACAAGCACCACCUGAUCGAGCACAGCCGGCUGCACUCGGGGGAGAAGCCCUACCAGUGCGACAAGUGCGGCAAGCGCUUCUCCCACUCGGGCUCGUACUCGCAGCACAUGAACCACCGCUACGCCUACUGCGGGCGCGACCCCGCUGACCCUGACCCCGCCCCCGACCUUGACCCCCUGCCCCUGCUGCCCCUGUCCCUCUACCGGCCGCGUGGCCGGGAGCUGGAGGGCGUGGCCCAGGAGGCGGGGCCGGGCGGGGCUCGCUUCCUCAGCACCUGCAGCUCGGACAGAGGGCUGAGGGAGGAGGAGGAGGAGGAGGAGGAGGAGGAGCGGACUGUAAGGGGGGCGGAGCUGGGGGCGGGAGGGGCCCUGACGGACAGGUCACUCCUGGCGCAGGGCGAAGAGCCGAGCGGCGCGGAGCCGGGGGCGGGGCUGGGGGCGGACCUGGGGGCGAAGCUGGGGGCGGAGCGUGAGGCCAGCGGGAUGGCGGUAGCGGGGGAGGGCAGCCCCCAGAGGGACGGGGUUCAGGAGCGAGACGACGGAGACCGUGACACUGGCUAACGGCCACUGGGGAGACACGCCCACUGGGGAGACACGGUGUCUCCUACCACGGUCCGACAGGGAGCGGUUACCAUGGAAACACUCCUCCAAAGGGACAGAAAGCCUGGCUGAAUGCCGAAAAGGACGGCUGAACAGAAAGGACGGUUGAUUGUGUCGCACAGAUUUCACUCCAGGUGCUAGCAAUUGGAGGCUGUGUCUACACAGACUAAGACCACGCCCUUGUGCGCAUGACCACGCCCACAUGCACGUGGCCACGCCCAUGUGCACACGGCCACACCCACAUGCACAGAUCCCAUGUAAAACACCACCACUCAGACAAGAUUAAUCUCUGCUGGUCUCAAAGCACAGGAGGUUGAGUUUUCUUAUAAAAACACUCCGAAAAUAUAUAAAUUGUUUGAACCUAAUUUGCAAGUGGUUUAUUAUUCAGCAAACAUUCGAUUUUUUUGAAGAGGAGAUGAGGCGUGCUUAUUUUUCCGUUUUUCUUUUAUCCCUAUUUUUAUGUUCACGCCUGGACCUUUUGGAGAGUUUUGCAUUUUUGAAUCUCAAUAAGGUCAAACACCACCCCCACCACCACUUCUGUCAAUCCACAAAUGUACGUGAAUUCGCUGUUUUAAAGAGUAUAAACAGACAGAGUUGGGUUUUCUGACUCUGGAAAAAAAAUUAUUAUGGGUAAUUUUCUUACUAUAUCGAAAAACUGUGUUUUUAUACUGGACUGUCUCUGCCUCUGAGUACCUGGGCCAUUGUGGAGGUUUGCUUUUACACAACACACGGUGUCAUUAACACAAGGGAAACCAGUAGAAAAUGCAAACAAAGACUUCAACCUCAAACUCGGAGGACUGUGCUCUCUCAGUCCCUCGGUGUCUCACAGUGCACAGCUCUGAUAAGAACUAACUUCCUGUUUAGAAAGAAGAAAAUAAACAGUUUACCUUGCGUAAAAUCAGCCGCAGUAACACCGGAAAACCGCCGAGGUAGUGCUGCUUUUUGAGCCUCCCGAAAAAAAAUAUUGAAACUUUAAUUUUUUUCCCUUAUUGACGAUAAGGAUAGUCGAAGAAGAUGCACGGUGUCAGACGUACGUUAUCUGAAGAGGCGUGUUAGCAACAACCAUGCUGAAAUGCGUAUCUGCAGCCAACUGGCCGUGCACGCUUCGGGCCAAGCACCAAAUUAAAACUGAUAUUAAGGUUGUGUAACUUAAUAUAGUAGUAUUUCAUACUUGAAUCUAUUAAAUAUGGGACCCAAACAAAUGAUUAAAGGUGCAACCUAUAUUACUUUCCAGGGUCUGAGGAUGCUCAUGAGAUGGAAAAAAAAAAAAAACGUUUGCCUCAUGCGGGUGGUUUGGUUGAAGGUUUAGCAGGUAUGGCUUGCCUGUGCUUUCUGGACGUGCUUAAUUUCGUACUGUGUCAUCAUCAGUGCCUUUAGUCAAGUGCCUUCCAUUUUGGAUUCAGUCAGUCUAGCAGAUAGUGCCUCUACAUGGAGUUUCUAUGCAAAGAAAAUUUGUCUUUAUUUUACACAUAAAGACCGAGUUACUUUAGCUAUUCUGUUCAUAUCGAAUGAAACUGAGAUAUUUUGCACUGUUUUUUACAUUUUUAAACAGGUAUUCAAGUGCAAUUGUUUGUUUAGCCAGACCAGACUUAUUGAAAACGAAGUUCCUGUCUGUAUCUCUUUUUUAUCUCGCAAAAAUGAAUGUUUUCUAAGUGACACCGAUGUGCCUUACGCGUAUAGUGCCGUGCGUUCAGUCCACGGGGCACUGGCAUUAACGGAGUCUUGAGCUCGCGGUGCGCACCGAUGAGCAAAACUUUCACAUUCGUGCGCACCGAUGAGCAAAACUUUCACAUUCUCACCAGCUAGCAGUCGAGUGCUGGUACGUGUGAUACGCUGGGACGUGCACUCCGCGACAGCUUCAGAACGUGGGCUGCGGCGCUGUCACGGAGGAGUUCUGGCCUCGAGCUGGGACGUCACUCCCCGCGGCCCUGGCAGACCUCAAACUCACUUCAGAGAUCAAUGCAUUAACAAUUUACGUCAUUUGGCAGUUAAUUUGCAUAAAGAAACCCCCGCAGGGAGGUAGAUUUCCCGGGGGUAAACUUUGCUUCAAACCCCGUGUCGCCUGAAUGCCUUGUCCACGGACGCCGCUGUAUUCAGGGUGGAACUGAUGUUCCGUGCUCUUCGCGGCGUUAUUAGAAGUGGAACUGUAACGCCACUGGUUCCCAAAAUCAGCGGUACUCGAAGUUCUGUGGUUGCGUUCUGGUCCUCUGGAUUUUUAUUAUGUCACAUAUAUUUUUGUGAAUGAAGACUUAACAGAAUGCACAAAUAUUAUGUUAAUGUAUUUACGCAAUUGUAUUGUUUUUUUAUGGGCUAAACAUUUUCCUUUGUUGGUUAUGUUUUGUAUUAAUUUGUAAAUAUCUCUUAAUAAAAAAAUGUACA